UCCGCGAUCUCCGACGGUCGCGUGACGGUGGUGUCUCGUGAUGAUCGUAGUUUCCUAACUCCGCGAUCGCGGCACUUAGAUUCGCAAAUGUGGUGCAAAGCAACACGGUGUACGUUGUGUACGGAGCAGCAGUCAAAUUGAGCGGAGUUGAGAUUGUACGAUCGCGAUCGCGGUUUAUGACCUCACACUCGCAGUACGUGAGCUGUUCAACUUUGAUCCAAGAAGUUCCUGUGCGCUUUAGGGAGUGCCUCGUAAUUUGUGGCGUACUCUGUGUGUUGUUGUAGCAUGGUGACAAACCAGAAUGUGCGGCAAGCGCACAACAAUAGCAUGAACUGUUCCGUUCGGGCGACAUAGCAGAGCUGAGGGAGAAAAAGCAGUGACAGCGGCAAAAAACAAGCUCACCAGCUCCAACAACAUGUACAACGCAACAACGCAGUGAAAUCAUCUACAUACGACCACAAAACCAUUGGCAGUCUUUAGCGUGCCAGUGAUUUGCAACAUAACGGAUCUCUCCAUAACUCCCCUGCUCCAUCCCGUGCUCUUCUCCAGAUUCCGCAGGCUUCCCCCUGGCAAUGGCGUCCCGAGUCGGUGGUGUUGCGAUUUGAAAGCUUCUCCCAGAGUCUGAAGAGAACGAAGUGUUCGGAGUGGUGCUCUGCGUAGGAGAACCGAGUGGAAUGUGUACAGUUUGAAGAAUGCAGCAAGAGAAACGCAACGCGAUCAUGUUUCACGGGUGUGUUUGUGUGAGUGAGUGAGUGGUGGUGGUCCAGCAUAAGGCUGCUACGACCGAUUGUGCUCACAACGACGCUCGAAAGUGACAGUGUUUGGUUAGGUGUUAGGAAAUAGGUGGUGGACGACGCGUGCGCUAGUGCGGGAUUGCCAGUGAACGUGCAUACUCCGGGCUCCAGGUGAAAGCGGCAGCAUUGACGAGCCCUUCGGACGGAGUCACUAUGGAGGCGGACGUACUGAACGCGCUCAACACGCAGACGGCGUACAUGCCGGGCGGACGGGACCGGGAUGGACAUCCGCUGGUCGUGAUACCGGUACCGUUCUACGACAACCUGCCCUGGAUGAAGAGAUUCCUCGAGACGACGGUCAAGUACCUGUUGGCCAGCUUAAGCCCCGAAACGGUCAACAGUGGACUCGCGAUCAUUCUUGACGCGCAAAAGUGUUCUUGGCGCUCCACUCGGCAGUACAUACGGCACGUCCAGCAGCUGUUGAGUGAGCAGAUGAACAGCUUUCUCGUGAUACGUCCGGACGCGUUCUGGGACAAGAACCGGGUGGAGAACUGUGCCCGACAGCAUCGGAAGGGUGAGCCGACCAUCAUCUCAAAGUCCCGGUUGGUGAAGUACUUUGACACGAGUGAGCUACCGGAGGAGCUUGGCGGCAUCAUCGCGUACAAUCAUGAGCAGUGGAUACAGUCCCGUGAGCGUAUCGAAGAAUUUCGAAAAUCCUACGACAAAGCGAUGGGCGACCUAGAAAACCUACACCUCAUCCUGCUGGACAACCGGACCGUGCGGGCCAGCGAAUCGACGGCGGCCCUCAAAUCUUGCCAGCAGCUUAACGUGGAUGUGCAAAAAUUUCUCUCGCUCGUGAUGGACGGCGGCAAAAAGCUGCUGGCCCACUUAAGCGACCUCCAUAGUGCGAAGUCAGCUGUACCGCAGGACCUUACCGAUGGGAAGUCGCAGGUCGAGCGGUUGCUGAACAUACUCGAUCGGAAGCAGACCGCCACCAACCAGGCGUGGACAGAGCUGGAACGGACGGUGGAGGUGUUGCAGGAGUUGGCCACACUGGAGGAAGGCGUGUCUCACGUGACCAGUUGGAUUCUUACUACGGCUGAAUCGAUGUUGAAUGCGCAGCUACGGGUUGGCCACGAUGUUAGCACGGCCGAUCAGCUUCGCCUGGAGCAUGAGAUUCUGGAGCUGCAGUGUUGGCAGACCUAUGGCUGCUAUGCUGAGCUGCUGCACAAGAUUGAUCACUUUCCGCGUCGCAAGGACACGGCAGCUUACCGGGAUCUACAGUCGCAGCGUGAGUGGAUGGACUUUGUGUGUCGCAGUUUCGCUCAGCGGUUGGAACGACGCAGGAAUGUGCUGAUAACGUCGGUACGGUUCUUCCGCUUGGUGGCUGAGUACUUCGAUCGGACGAGUGAGGUCUUUCAAUCGCUGAUUAUGGGGGAGAGAGUUGAGGACUAUGCCCUGGCUAGCGCCAAUCUGCAGAAGCUUAACGAAAAUCAACGGAUGCUUGAAAUGAUGGAGAAAGAGAUCAUCAAGGAGGGCGAAAAGCUGAGCGAUGUAUUGCUGAUGCCGGUGAAGGAUGCGGUCGGGCGAGACAUUGAUGUGGACUACAGCGAAGAUAUCAGCAACGUGAGAGACAUCCUCGAUGCGACACGUUCCCGGUCGCGCAUCUUCGCCGACAGUGUCGAGCUGCAGAAGCUGACCCUUGAUCAGAUCACGCACAUCUUCAAGUACGAACAGGACGCUCGCACCGCCGUCAAGUGGAUGAGUGACCUGCAUCAGGUGAUGUUACGGUCGCACGCACACGUGGGUGCAAGUGUGCGCGAGAUUCAGUCCCAGAAAGAUGAGCAUCAAACGCUCCAGGAGACGGCCAAGGGCACGUACAACUACGGCUGCCAGCUGCUGAACGCUUCGCUCGCCCUGCGCCAAUCGUGCAAACUGGAAACAUCGCAAAACAUCGCCAUGACCAAAUCGUUGCAGCGCACCUGGCGAUCGUUCCAGGCCGUCGCACAGGAACAGAUGACGCGGCUGCGCGUAUCGGCCGUCUUUCACCGGAGCGUCGAGGAACAGUGCGUGAAGUUGCGAGAGCUGCACGAGUGCGUGCUACGGAUUGGCGAGAUCACCGAGCAGGGCAGGCGCCGGGUACGGCUGCGCAAGUAUCUUGCCACGCGUGAGCGUCUGCUGCUCGAGGUGGGUCGCAUGGUGCGACUCGGACGACUGCUCAAGACGAGACUGAGGGAACCAUUUCUCCUGGACGACCGGCUCGAUGCGAUGGCCAGUCCGGAGAACAUCAUUACCGAAAGUGAUAACAUAAUGGCGUGUGAAGCGAUCUCGACUCGUCUGGCGGAGGUAGCCCAGGUGGCGGAAGCGUUAGACAGUGUGCUAAGCGAUGUGCAGGGUGGAUUUGACGACGAGGUGGAAGAGCUGACCAGUGCCGAAGCGCCGGAGGUGACAACCAAACGCAGCGACAGUGGAAAUCAAAGUGACGACUGGAGCUCGAGCGUUAAGUCAACCGAUGAUGGAUCGUUUGUGACGGCUGGUUCGGAUUGUAUCUGUACACCACAGUCGAGGUCCUCGUCGUACCAUACCGCUUCGGAGUGUCGUGCCUCGCCGUGGUGGGGUGUAGAGUCGAUCGAGCGUCAAAGCUCGUUGGAGAACGAUUCGGCGGAAGAUCCCGAUCCGGAAGCAUUCCCAUCGAUCAAGCUGCUUUCGGGAGUGGUGAUAACUUCGAGUGCAAAUCUAUCAUUCGACGAGUCGGAGCACAGUUUUCCGACCCCGGGCAUUUCGCACGGGUCGGCCAGUGUCGACUCACAUCCCGACUCGGACGAUACCGUCCCGACGGUAUGUUCACAGACUAGUCCGAUUGCAACCAGUUCGGCCUCAAGUUCCGCCCUAAACUCUAUCAACCGACGGGAGAAUCUUGCCCUUUCACUGACACCGGAAGAACUGGAGCAGAUUGAAAAUGACAUCCGCAACAAUAACCUGCUGGCGUCCGUUAGCAGUGAGGAUAUUGUGGGGAAAGAACUCCAGAGCACGCAGGUGACGCCGACCAGCGAGGACAGCGGUAAUGUGAGUACCAGUAGCGUUAAGCUGGAAGCGGAAGACCCGACCCGGUUCGAGCCGGUCAAGGGUCCUACGGAUAUCUCCGGGCUGACGUACUACUAUCAGAACAUCAUCACCAAGCAUACGGUGAAGAGUUGUCUCUGAAGGAGGAAACCGAUCGUCUUCGGGUUCGAUGCGAAAAGCCAUUCCAUAGCUUGCCGGUGUUUGCAGCAACUGUAGCUUGCCAGAGAGAACCAAGAAUUAGUUAGUUUGGUUAGGUUUUUAUUCAGCGAUUUAGCGUGUGUGUGUGUCUAGAAAGGUGAAGAUAGAAGGGAAGACACUAUUGGCUUUUGGCAUUAAAGAAGAAGAAUGCAUGAGGAAGUGUGUGGUGUUUGAAGCGUGUGUUAACAUUAAGUUAGAGUAGCACGGAAGCAGUUUUGAAAGUUUGAUUGUGUUAAGCAUGUUGAUUUGUUGUGUUUUUGGCCGUGAAAUAAAAAAGUGUCCUGUAUCAAAUUGCA